UUGAGCGCCGCCAUUAUGGGAAUUAUGGGAUCGUGUAACCGGAAAAUUCUGCUGACAUUUUUGUUUUGUAAAUAUUAAUAUAAUUCUGUGCUAAUAUCUGAAAGAUUAUGGAAGAAAUGGAUGUUUGUGUCAGAGACAGUGUUGAUUAUGAGGAAGUGAUACAGUACCUGAGAGGAUAUUAUCCAGGAAACGUCACACGCGUCCUACGAAAACGCGCGAUCUGUUUUGUUCUUGAAAAUGACGUACUGUACUAUAAGAAGGGUCAUCGACCAGUAAUCCUAUCCGUUGAAGAGCGUAAGAAUGUGCUCCGGAAAUGCCACGUCGACGAGGCGUCGGGAUAUCACCUUGCGAGGGAGAAGAUGUGGUAUAGGGUCCGCAACAUUGGCUACUGGAAGGGGCAGUACAGGGACGUGGUGGCCGUUGUACACAACUGUCCCGAAUGCAGCAGCAGCAGCGUCGCCGACGACGACGAGAGUGGAUCGUGCAGCUCGGCUCCGGAAGACUCGGAGGACGUUGUGCGGAGCGAGGCAGAUGGCGAGGCCGAGGCGGGAAACCCGGACGCGAGCGAAGACAGGGAUCGCGCUGCCGUAGAGAGGGUUGCCGACAGAGUGUGGAAAAACGUGGGUGUGACUCGUUAAUUUAGCUGUCGGGUUGUUUAACGCCUAACGAUCUCUCGCGAUGAAGGCUGUUACUGAUCUAACCUG